GAAGAAGAAGAAGCAGCAGCAGCAGCAGCAGCAGCAGAACCCUCUCACAAAAAAUACAAAACCCUCGAGAGCUCAAUCCCCAUCGCUAAAAAGCGUCGCUUUUCCUGAAGCGCCGCUACCUCCCACACCUCUCUCUCUAUCUCUAUCUCCUCUCUAAUGGCGACGAGACCCGUGAGCUCGCCGACGCCCACCAAAGCCGCUCCCCUAGCGCCGAGCCGGGCAUUUCCAAGGAGAACCCCUCGUCCCUCCUUUACCCUUAUCCGCGCUUCCCAAUCCAUGGAGAGCCGAAACGAUCGUGUGUUUAAGGAGCUGGGUUUGUACUCCUUGAAAAAGAAAAUUGAAGAUGCUGUUAGUCGCGCCGAGAUGAUCGCACCAACUGCAUUGGAGUUGGAAGAAGCGAGGAGAAUCAGACAAGAAGAAGUGCUUCAUGAGUAUAAUUUGUGGGAUGAUCUAACAAGAUCUAAUGAAUCUCUUGCUGCUUUAGCUGAUGCUAUCAAGGUGGUUGAUGAUCUCAAGGACCUAAGAUAUAAGGCUGAAGAAGCAAAAUUGAUCACGCAGCUAGCGGACAUGGAUAUCAUAAAUCAUCAGCUUUUUAAGCAGGCCUACAAAGCCUCUUUAGAUGUUAGCAAAUUCCUUGAUCGUUAUGAGAUGUCCAAGCUUUUGAAUGGUCCAUAUGACAAGGAAGGAGCCUGUGUAACCAUCCAAGCUGGUUCAGAAGCCAUUGCUUCUGAGGUAUGGGCAGAGAAGAUCUUGUGCAUGUAUGCAAGAUGGGCUGAAAAGCAUGGUUUCAUGGGAAGGGUUGUUGAGAAGUAUCCAUUUAAAGGUGGUGGUGUCAGGUUGGCAACAAUAGAGUUUGAAUCAGAAUAUAUGUAUGGCUACCUUCUCGGAGAGAGGGGUACACAUCGAAUGGUCUGCAAUUCUCUCGAUGGUUCUGGAGUGGAUGAGGCAUGCUCAGCCCGAGUUGAUGUGAUCCCUCUCUUCCUUGAUGGACCUGUUGAUCUGCAUAUAGAUGAGAAUGAUAUAGAAAUCUCUUCCUGGAGUUGUGAAGAUAAGCAGCCCGGUUGCAGUAGUAAACCUGCGGUUACUGUUUGUCAUAUCCCAAGUAGCAUAACUGUUCAAAGUUCAGGUGAAAGAAGUCAUUUUGCUAAUAAGAUCAAGGCUAUGAACCGAUUGAAAGCGAAACUCCUUGUUGUAGCAUCCGAACACGGCGUAUCGGAUGUAAGGAGAAUCAAAAGGGGUGCUGUGGCGAGCGAGUGGGACCACGAAACGCGGGAAUACAUGUUUCGUCCGCAGAAGUCAGUUCGUGAUCUCAAGACGGGAAUCCAAUUGCUAGAUUUAAAUUCAGUUUUAGAUGGUAAUAUUGAUGCUUUUAUUAGCAGUCAUAUUAGCUUCAGGCAGGUAAGAUAGAUGAUGGGGUAGAGCAGUUGCUUUCCUGAUAAAGGCUUUUAGCUGCAUUACUGAUUUUUCCCCCUUCUUGUUCUUUUUUGUUGGAUGUUAUUUAUCUUACUUAUUGCUUAAUAAAGUUAUCAAUUACUUGUAUUUUAAACAAGUUAUUGAACUUACUGGCAGACCCUAAGAAAGACUGAAUAUCUCAUGCAACAUCUGUUUUUCUACUCAA